GUAUGAAUGUCUUUCAGUAUGAAAGUUGUCGUGGAGGGAUAAGGACAAGACUUACUUUGAAGACAAUAAACGAUCAACUACAUUCAAGACAAGAUAACACCAAUUAGUUACGUCGAAGGACAUAUCAGCUGGCGGCAGAUUAUCAUUGAGACUUCUCAUGGACGAUGAUGAAGACGACGUGUUCCAGCAUUCCCUUCUCAUGUGGAACACCCCCUUCAGGGAGAUAAAGUACGAGGACCGGGGUACACAGACGCCCAGCCCCCCCCUGGGACAGGACGACAUGAUGCUGCCCUGUGGCGUGGCUCAUGAGCCACGGAGAUUGUUCUACGGUAACGCAGGCUUUCGGUUGCACUUCCCAGCGCGGUUUGAGCACGGUGGAGACCAGGAGGAGGAGGAGGAGGGUUUAGGGGCAGCAGAACGGCCGGAGGACCUGCCUGCAGCGCUGAGCGCUGAGGUCCAGAUCGGCCAGAAGCUCCAGGUGAUCGGAGACCAGUUCCACCAAGACCACCUCCAUCUGUACCGCAGAAACCAAAGGAACCGGCGACCAGCGUGGUGGCGCCUGGCGAUAGCUUUGUACACAUUUCUAUUCGAGAGGGAGGGUGUCGUUCGACGACGGCAAGCUGACCAGAGGGGUUGUGUUCUGAAGUUUCCCAGGUAACCGAUCAACUUGACAACACAUUUCCAGAGGCAGUUUCUCAGAACAAACAUUUUUUUGCACCUCAAGUCGUACUAUUCCUUAUUGUUAUUUUGUUUGUUUAUUUUUUACUGUUUCCGAAUUGUUGAAUAUGAUUUGUUCUUCCAGUAUGUUUCAACAAGUCCACUUUUAUUAAAUUCUUAAAAUGUUUUUCAGUGUAUUUUAUAUAAAGGAAAAAACAACACAAAAAAGACGCAUGAUAAAAUGCUGUCGGCCACCGUUAAAGAUACAUUUGGUGUCAUUGAGGGUCUAAUGAAGUAAGAUGAACGUGUACUGAAAGACAAUUAUGAGAAGGGUUUUCCCUGUAGACUGGGAAGAUGCAUGCAUCAGGCCCAUAGUUUUGCAUACCAUUACAGGUCAAUGUGAAGGCAGUCUGUAGUAGAGGGGCUCCAUCGCUGAACUUGUUCUUGAAAGACCAGAAAUGCAAGUAUAUGUGGAAUCCAUUGGCUCAUUUUUUUGUAUCUCUGGAUACCACAUUGCAUUAUUUGCUAUUUUUCCAUCAGCCUGCAUAACUUACCAGACCUGGUGAAUAGUUAUGACUAGCCAACCCUUAAUAAGUCGCCCUAUAUAUAGUAUUUGCACUAGUGCUAGUCAGGUGUGGACAGGCAAUGGAUAGUGCAGAGUUCUAGACUGCCCCUGUCUGAGGGGAUGCAUUGCAUUUAAAAUCAAAUUAUGAGUUUGAUGCCCAUGUUUGCAGAGGAUAAGUUUUUUUGUUUUAUUUUCUAUUUUACAAGGCAAGGCUAUUCAACAUUGAAUGAAGGUUAUUGAACGUCCAAUAUCUCACACUGAAAUUCAUCUUUUUAUAGAUACAUGUGGGGUCUUUUUCACGUUUUAGUUUUCUGAACUGGUAGCUGCUUUUCAGCUAGGGCACUGACUGAAUAAAAAAUUGUUAUUGAAACUAAAAAUUCCACUUUAAUAUUGAUAAGAAGGUGUGCAGGUCGACUUGGCUCGCACAACUUAAUAUGAUGAAUUGGGAGUUUUCAUAUCUGUGAUAAAGAGUACCCACUGCCAAUGGACCACUAGGUUUCUGAGGAGCACAAAGUAAACAAUCUGGAAAGAAACCUGUGAAACAACUGCAACUUUCAUCUCUUGCAUAACGGUCUGGGUUUUGGAACUUUGAGGUGACUAUAUGAAAUUGUUUUUUGAUAGAAAUUACCACUGAAUUCAUUCAUUCAUACAAGGUUUGUACAGUACUGGGGAAAUGGUUCCAAAACUAUUAAUUGUUUAAGAUGUUUUGAAAGAAAAAUAAUUGUUAAAGUUGAAAAUAUGAAUAUGUUUGAAGACACUGAUGCGUUUUUAUUGUUGCUUAUUGUUUGUUUCCUUUCUGUAUUUUAAUUUGUUUGACAUUCUGGUCCUUUUGCCAGGAAGCAGUAUGAAUAUGAAAGCACCCUGGUAACACUUGCUAUGGCAUUACAACCAGACAUGCAGCUUUCAGGUAAUGCUGUCAGAAAAUAUGUUUUGAUAGGUUGGUUUUAAUAGAAUCACAAAUUCUGUUAAUUGAUAUCAAGAAAGUAAUUUCUUCGCUCUCACAGUAGCCAACAGGAAGGAAUAGUGUGCCAAAUGGAAGGUUAAGUUCCCUACUUAAAUUCCUACUUAAAGGUUUAUUUAUGACUGAUUCUAAUCUGUCCUUUUCCCUGUUACUCAACAUUUCCACAUAUUCAACCAUUACAAACGUCCAAGAAACUGUUGCGUAUAUAAUCUUGAUGUAGUUGUAUUUAGUCUUAUCCGACACACAUUUAGUGAAUGGAGAGGGAUUUACUGUAGCCAGGGAAAGAAAAGAGGUUUUCUGUCCCUUUGUCUUUCUCAGCUAGGUUAUCAAAAAAACAUGCAAAUUAUCAUAUGCAAAAGCAACACUACUCUGCUUGAUAAAAAUAUAUCUUGCUGUCAUCUACUGCAUGGAGGACUGGUGCUUCCAUACAUUUUACUCCCAGUAAAAUCUUUAGCUGCGAGCUCCAGGUGGGCCUGGUUUCUGAUGGCUCCAACACAACAACAUGAGUGCAGAGAUUCAAAUUAAAGGUCCCCUUGUCUCCACUCGAGAGAUCAACACUGAAAUUCCACUGAAGCAGGGGCUACUUCUAAAGCACGUGAUAGAGUGUGAGAUGCACCGAAAUUUUGUUUCCUGCAAAUCGUGAACGCUGAGCCAGUUAAAGUAAACCCCUGCCUCUCUGUGGCCUGUCCUGUCAGCCUCCGUGUUCACCAGCUUGCUUCUGUAUGCCUCCUGUUCCUGGCAUAAGUUCUUAUAAGGACAUUAGUUUCUUUUCAGUUUUUUUGUAAUUUAUUUUUCUUUUAUUUAUUUUGUGUAUAUUUGUCCAUUGCUACUGUAUAGAUUCCUCUGUGUGCAAUUUCAUAGUUUUUGAUGUGUAUAUAUUCGUUUAAUUCUGUGCUGAGUGGUGGGGUCAGCAUUGUGUCUGGCUAGUAGUCUCUGAGGGUCAUGUAAUAGCCUUCAACAUUAAAUAAUGGUAUUCAUUAUCUUCAUUGUCAUUGAACAUUUUGAUGCAUUGCAGUUACUCAAAACAUAUUGAGAGAGAUGCUUGAUAUCAGGAACAUGCGAAGAUGAAUUUGAUCUAAAGAUUCCACUAAUUUCAGUGAUGCUGUCAGUGGGGUUCCUCAGGGAAUGGGGUCAGUGCACACAGCCCUGGCCCUGUUCACUUCCAGCACAAAACCCACGCCUGACAUGACUAGGCAACUUAAUUGCUUAAGUGGAAAUUGUGAGAGAAUUCCCCAUAUAAUCCUAAUGAAAACAGAUGAAAAACGUGGUCAAAGAGUCAACUAAAGGAAGUUAAUGAGGAGCACAAUCAAAAUGGUGCCCAUUAUUUUGAUGCCGCUUAUACUUUUUUCUGCCUAAUUGUGUAAAGUCUUUUAUUUUAAGUUGCUGAGCAUUCUCACACUCUGGGUAAAUGUUUUUGUUUUAAAUAUUUUUUUUUUUACUAACAAGAAAUAAUUCAAGUCAGAAGGCUGUUUGUAAUCAACAUGCACUGGAAAGUAAGUUGUAUUUGUAUAUGUUGUGUUUCUCUGAGAUUUCUGGUGUCAUAUUCUCUGGAUUGCUCUCUCUCAAAUCUGCCGUGCUGGAUUCAUUAAGUACAACUGGAUUUUAGUACUUACUGGCAUUUCUUCUGGCAUAAAACAUGAUCUUAGAUUGGUAGUAGAAACAAACCACCACUGUGCCCAGUAACAUCUCUUGGAGGGGUUCUAUGAAUUGUGCAGAGAAAUGUAAAUGUAAACCCCUGGAGUGGAACUUUUGUGUUGUGUAAACCGUCAGUGUCUUGAAUUUUUAAUCUAUUUUUAAUCAAUUUCUGAGAAAGGGUUCAUCCUGUUUACUGCUGGUUACUGUUUUUAAUGGAAAAUAGCAUUUGCUUUCUUUUUUUCUCAAACUUUUUGAUUGAAAAGUUUCUUGGAAAUGGUCUACUUUUGUAAAAAAAAAGAAAAAGAAAAAAAAAAAGAAAAAAGAGAAAUGUUUGACUUUUGAAAUCUUUUUCAAUGCUUUUUUAUGAAGUCCACUGUCUCUUAUUAAGGGCUUUUUGUAUGGAAUAAAAUGAGACAUUCCUAAUAUUUCUGCAUUUACUGUUAAAUUUAAUGUACCCAAAUUGAAAUGACAGCUAACACGCUGAGCAGUGAUGUAUUUUUAUUGGAAUUUGAAAUGAAAUCAAUGAAGAACCCAAUCCCUUCUGUUUGAACACCCAUGUACUGUACAUUUACUUCAGAAACCCUGGAAAUUGCCUUUAAUUUUACUCCGGUUUCAAAGAUGUCUUGAGGAUCACACAUUCUCUGUAUCCCAUUAAAUGAGACCCAGCGAAAAUGUAGCAUUUUUGUAAACAUUGACUGUGUGUCUUCGAGACUGUACUGUGCACUCAUUACCCUUUUUUAUUUUUUAUAAAUACAGUAUGGAGGUAGGGACGAUUCAUUUUAUAGUGCAAUAUGCUGUAUAUAAGAGCUUGGCUCUACAAAUCUUUUUGUUGUUGUUGUUAAGAAAAUGGUACAUGGUUUUUUUUUUUUGGUUUUUUUUUUUUCAAAAUAAAAAUUAUGAAAGUUUAA